GUCAAUUUAAAGAUAGGACUCCGAGUACUAGAUACGUCAAUUGAAAUUCCAUGUCAAUGUCUUCACCAAAAAUGAGAUAACAAGCACGAUUCAUUCAUCUACUCAAAGCUCACCACAUUCCCUUGCGAUCAAAAUAUAAAAACCAUGCCACCUCAUCUUCACCCCCGCUCAAGAUUCACAUCUUCCCUCUUCGCAGGCACGCUCUUUGCCAGUUUCUUCGUCGUAGCACUGCCGCACGUUCUUCCUUGUCCGGCACCGCGCGUCGUGUACGCAGAUGAUGGGUCGGGAUCACAGAGGCCGAGGAGAAGGAGGAGGAAAUGUCCUGUCGAUGAAGCGGGGGAGCAGGGAAAAGAACAGGGACAGCUACAGAUGCAAUUGAAGACUGUGGGGGGAGCCAGAGAGGGAAAGAGUGAAUAUAAGGAUUUCAAUGAGAAGAUUCGGGAGGAAAUGGGUGGUAGCAGUGGUGAAUCAGAUGAUGGAGAGGAAAUGGAAGGGAGCAGGAAUCUUGCUAAGCGCGAGUGUCCGGUGCCGAAACCUGGAGGUGUUUUAGGAGGAAUAUUGGGGUUUAAGUCGAGUGUUGGUGAGAAUGCUUCAAAACCACCGUGAAGAUUAAGAUCAACUUCGGAAGGGUUUUAUAUGGGAUGGUGAAAAUUGGGUACAGGCAGGACUGUAUAUAUGGUGUGGUUGUAAAUACUGUGCUACCCUGUGUACAUUAUGCUCUGAUAAAUGGUUCAUGAAUUCACAUAUUGUGGAUGGACAAAUGAGAGGUUCGGAUGCAUGUGGGAUUUUUGAAUUCACAAGAUAUCCACCCGGCAUGAAAUCUACUCGGCAGAAAACAUAAUGCGAGAGAUGAAAGGGAAAAAAGUAUUGCAUUCUUGAAUCUCUCAAUACACCAGUCCUCUAUGCUCUACCGUGAAUAAUUCUCGCAAUCUUCACUCCAUAAAAGAACCCUACAAAAUCCAAAGUGUAUUCCAAGCAUUUACAGAACAAAACUUCCAAUAGCCAAUACCUGUCUGCAAAUAAGAUAUUCACA